GCUCAUGUGACUUAGGCUCAAAAUGGAGUUGUCGGAAUCAGUAACGAAGGGUCUUCAAGCCCUGGCCGACCCAAAUCUUUUCGACCUGAAAUCCUUUACGAUAUUCACGGAGGUCGCUUUCGACAGUCUGGUCUCGUCUGCAGGCGAGACAGUUCUGGGUCACCCAGAAUUGAAGCACGUCGACCAGCCUGCUCUGAAACGCUGCCAUGCUGCGGCAGCGACUUUCAUCCUCGAAGGAGUCAAACAAAAUGCAGAUAAAUCAACAAUUAGCUCGUGCCUUGAAGAUGCCAGGUUCAACAGUGAAAGACUGGAAUUAUUUUAUACCACAUACCAGAAACACAAAAGAUGUUUGGAAUCUUUGUUGUCAAGCAUUGACAGAUGCCCUCCUCAUAUAACUGAUGCUUCAUGGCGCCUUGAGUAUUGUAUAAAGAAUAGCCAUGUACAUAAAGUCAAUCAACCAUCCUACCUGAUUUCCUUAAACACUGAGAGGGAUGGCGCUGCUUCUGAAAUAAAUUUUAGUUGCACCAUGGAGCAACUUCAGGAUUUGGUUGGGAAAAUGAAGGACGCAUCGAAAAGUAUCGAGAGGGCAGCCCAGUCUUGAUUCCUGGGGAUUAAUGUGGGGAAUGUCUUCAUCUCACCGGAUGCCGUUCCGCACAAAUUAUUUUUAGUAUUUUGUUUGUAUUUAGGCAACUAUUAGCAUAUGUGGUGACAUUUGUUAUAGUAUUCACAAUAAAACAUACCACUUUGAUACAAACAAA